AUGCGGCUUGACCUUGCUCCCGACAGAUGUGCCCGUCUGAGCAAUCAUCUCGACUCAAAAAGACCACCCUUCCGGCUAUUCAGCAACGUCAAUGAUCAUUGCCAUUGUGAAGUGGCCCUCUUGAUGCCUUCUGACGAAUCUAUCGCAAGUCUUGAGGCGCUAAGCGAGAUUGAGCGAGGCCGCUUCAUCCCAGCACAGGAGUUUGGGCACACUCACAUAUGUAGAUCAACCCCCACUCUACCUCUUCCUCUCCGCCGCAGACACUCUCCGACUCAAGUCCAAUUACUCGCAGGCUCCUUCCCACAGAACCUACCAACAACAACGAUGGAUACGCGCCAGCUUGUUCAGGAGCUCGAUGCGCUGCGCGGCAACUUUGCAAAAUACAGAGUUGAGAUGGCCCUCCAUAUCGACAGUCUCGAGCGUCGGCUCAAUGCCGCAGAGAGCGCCCUCCCACAUUCGGGCAGACCCAAAGCCGCAUCGCAAUGUCCACCUCUUCGCAGCACGCUCUCGCCAGCACCUGCAUCUAACCACGGUCACAGCUCUACCAUGCCCGGAUUCACUGAGCAUCGUCGCCAUCCCCACGCUCCGCUUCCUAUCAUUACUGCGCCGGCGCCUUCGUCUCAUCUUCGUGCACCAGCGUUCCCAACCUCCCCGUACGUGCACCAACAGCAGCCGUCCCAAACGGGAUUCGCUCCAGUCAACACAGGAAGCAGCGAGAACGCAACCUUUCUGCCAUUCGUCUUGGAGAAGAUUGCUGCGUCAUCACAGAAGAAGAGUCGGGGAGACAACCGCACUUGCGCUUGCGGUCGCCCAACGUUCGAUGUCAAGUGCUUCCGCGACCAUCACUUUGGCUGGUGUCUUUCCCACCAGCGUCCAAUCAUGCACGGACUCCAGAACUGUAGUGGCAGAGAUUACCGAAACUGUCAGCCUGUAUACUGGGAGAAGCAUGCAGAUUGGGAGCUGCUGGUUAAGACUUCCUUCGAUGGCGGUCAUCUGGGUACCAAAAAGGUGAAGAACCUGUACGUUGUUCUCUUUCCCGAGGAGCUAUACCCAGGAAAGUAUCAGGAUGGAUGUUUUAUGGGAUGA